UUCAGUUUUUUGAGGGGAAUUUUCUCCUCUUAUCUCCUCUGUAGGAUUAUUUUAUAUUAACAACCUGUCACUGUUCAUCCAAGAUAUCUUAUCUUUUGUAGAUACAUUUCGUACAGACAGUGUGCGUACAUUAAUUAUAUAUACGUACAUCGUUUCGAAUGAUCGCAGUAUUCUGCAGUGUUCUGCAGUUUGCGUCGAAUGGACAGCAAAACACUUUAGCCAUUUAUACUUUGAUAUUUUAUUUAUAUUUUAAAAGUUAGAAGGACGAUUGGAUCAGUUUAAAAAAUGUCCAACACGUUUCUAUAUUUUGCCUACGGUAGCAAUUUAUUCACAAAAAGGAUACGUUUAGAUAAUCCAACUGCAGUAAUGAAACACAUAGGAUAUAUAAAGAAUUUUAGAUUGGAUUUUAACAGAUAUUCUAAACGAUGGCGUGGAACAUCAGCAACAAUUGUAGAAACAGAAAAUUCAGUUGUGUGGGGUGUAGUCUGGGAAUUACAUAAAUGCAAUUUAGCUACAUUAGACUGCCAAGAGAGUGUUCAGGAUAACAUAUAUCGUGCGAUGUCGGUGAACGUUGAAACUCCUGAUGGUAGAACUCUAAACUGUAGAGUAUAUCAGCAGUGUAACAAUCCAAAAGAAUAUAUAAAACCAGAAGACUUUCCAAUAGAUAAGAGGCCUUCACCGUUAUAUCUGAAUAUGAUUUUAAGAGGAGCUGAGGAAAACAAUCUUCCCUUUGAGUAUAUAAAAUUCUUAAAAACUAUCCCGCACAAUGGAUAUGAAGGAGAAUAUGACAUUAGCCUUUCUCUGACUGAAAAUUGACUGCUACAAUAUUUUUAUUGUAUGAAAACUUUUGAUAAUACAGAUUGAGGAUCGCGUAUUUCAACGCC